CUGUGUCCAGUACAUAUUGACGUUCACAGUUUAUUAAUUAUUUAGAACGCUUACUCCAAUUCAAAUAUUUACGCUCUACUUGUUACAGAGAGGUGGAAUAAUUAGAAGAGCAGAAUGCAACUGCAGCGAUUGUUGGUAAUUCUAGGAGUUCUUUUAGGAUGGUCUUUGCUGGUAUGCUGUCAGUCUGCCAAUAAAGUUACAUUUAAAGAUGGCGUUUCUGAACAACAAGAAAAAAAACAAGAAAAUCUCGAAGAAUCUUCAUCGCAACAGAGAGGAUUUAAUCCUGUUCAACAUGUAGAGGAUCUAUUCCAUUUUAUCGGUCUUGGAACUGGACAUAAUGUUGAUCCAUAUUUGGCAAAGGUCAAUGAACGUUGUUUAACCGGCGAUUUAGCAGACUGUUUCAAAUCUCAAGCGUUAAAUUAUUUUUCGAGCUUUUUUGAUCACGCCGAAUAUUCGUUAAGUGAUAAUGUCCGAGUUAGACGAAUGUCUGAUCAAGUAGUAGCAGAAGUGUUACGUCAGCCGUACGAAUAUUCUAACGAACCUAGAUCCGACGAAACAGAAUGGGAUCAAAUGGUUAACUUUAUGAAAAGGAAAACGGAAAGGUUUGUUAAGACCAUGUCCUUCGAAUUGACUAUACCUGAUACGGAAAUCGGUCGCAGUGGUUCAUAUGAGCCAAGAUUUCUAGAUGAAAUUGCUGAUGAAAUCGAUACACUUGAGAAUAAGAAAGAUACAUUAUUUUCUCGUCAUCAAUUCAGGAAACUUUUAAUACCGGUUUUGCUUAUUUUGAAGCUUUUUAAAUUAAAGAUACUACUCUUGUUGCCUUUGAUUUUGGGAUUAGCUUCGUUCAAGAAGUUCCUCGGAUUCUUGGCAAUUGUCAUACCUGGUCUAAUAGGUUUCUUUAAACUUUAUAAACCAUACCAAAACUAUUAUCCGCCAGUUUACACCAAAAACGGCAUUGCUCAUCCUCAUUACGGAGCACAUCCAGAUAUUGAUUAUAACGAUCAUUACGGAAAUGCAGAAUCUUAUGGUCAAAAUUUGGCAUAUCGGGGAUAUCAACAUUACAAAUCCUAAAUAAUUGAUUUGUUUUUAUUAUAAAAAAGCAGAUAAUAAUCAAAUUAUAAGUUGAAAUUUUAUACAGCUAUA